AUGACGAAUCAGUUGUGGCUCAUGAAGACGAUGAUAAUCUACAGCUACUCACCAACAGAGGGCCGAUUGCUGGACGAUAUGAUCGUAUCACUCCUACAAAUACAGACAAUACCAUCCCUUUACACAGACCCACAUCACAACCUUCACCCACAAAGCAUAAAAAACCAAACUGCAGGAGAACGUAUUAUACAUAUUAAUAACCCAGAACUAAAUGAGCAACAGCGAUUCUUACAUAAUCGUGUCUUUACUGCAAAAUAUACAGUCGUCACUUUCUUACCAAAGUUCUUGUAUGAAGAAUUCUCAAAAUAUGCCAACUUGUUUUUCUUAUUUAUCUCUGGUAUCCAACAAAUUCCAGGUAUUUCGCCUACUUCAAAAUAUACAACUCUCGUUCCUCUCGUCAUUGUAUUAUUUAUUACUGCCAUAAAGGAACUCGUGGAAGAUUGGGGCGUACAUCGUUCUGAUGCAGAACUAAAUGCUAGAAAGUGUAAAGUAUUGGUUGGUACACAGUUUGUCGAGAAGGCUUGGCGUGAUAUUCAAGUCGGAGAUGUGUUGCGUGUUGAGAGUGGAGAGAAUUUCCCAGCGGAUUUGAUAUUGAUCAGUAGCUCCGAACCAGAAGGGCUUUGUUAUAUCGAAACUAGUAAUUUGGAUGGCGAAGUGAAUCUCAAGAUUAAACAAGCUUUACCUCAGACAGCGACCAUUCUAAACCCUGUUGAUAUGGCACAGUUACAAGGAACAAUUAAAAGUGAACAGCCCAACAAUCGUUUGUAUAACUAUGAUGGUGUAUUGACUACUGCCUCUGAAACAGGCAAGACAAAGGAUUAUCCAUUGGACCCUACUCAGAUGCUUUUGAGAGGUGCUCAGCUUCGUAACACGCUUUGGAUUUAUGGUAUUGUGGUCUUUACAGGUCAUGAAACAAAGCUUAUGUUAAAUUCAAGCAAGAAGCCUUCAAAAGUGUCUAAUGUCACACGUAUUACCAAUCGUAACAUUCUAUAUUUGUUUGCUAUUUUAGUUAUCAUGAGCGUAGCAUGUGCCAUCGGCGGUUUAGUAUUUACGAUUCAAAAAGGCCCUUAUACUGAAGGCUAUUUAGCAUUGAAUUCAGUUCAUACUCGUGCUCAAGCCUUUGGAUAUGAUAUUUUGACGUUUUUGAUUUUGUUUAAUAGUUUUAUUCCUAUCAGUUUAAUGGUUACCAUGGAAAUUGUAAAAUUCGUCUUGUCCUUUUUGAUUCAAUCCGAUCUAGACAUGUAUUAUGACGUGACAGAUACAGCUGCUGUAGCUCGUAGUAGUAGUCUGAUCGAAGAAUUGGGGCAGGUUAAGUUUGUCUUUUCCGACAAGACAGGCACAUUGACUUGCAAUGAAAUGCAGUUUCGACAGUGCUCGAUUGCCGGUUUAUCCUAUGCGGAUAAAGUAGAAUCAGAUAAACAGGCAAGAGAUGGUGUGAAUGACCCUACCUUGCAGUAUACCUUUACUCAACUACAGGAACAUCUCAAAACGCAUCCGACAGCCAAUGUGAUUAACGAAUUUUUGACACUAUUAGCCACUUGUCAUACAGUCAUUCCAGAACCUCAAGAAGGUUCUGACGAAAUCGCUUACCAAGCCUCGUCGCCUGAUGAAGGUGCGCUCGUCAAAGGAGCAAGCAUGCUCGGCUUCAAGUUUCAUACACGUAAACCCAACUCGAUUGCAUGUACACAACGCGGUCAAGACUAUGAGUAUCAGGUACUGAAUGUUUGUGAAUUCAAUUCGACACGUAAAAGAAUGUCAGCUAUCAUUCGGGGACCUGAUGGAAACAUCAAACUGUACUGUAAGGGAGCCGAUACGGUCAUCCUUGAACGUCUGGCCGAGAAUAACCCUUUUGUGGAGAAUACGUUGAUUCAUCUUGAAGAUUUUGCAUCCGAGGGUCUUCGAACCUUAUGUAUUGCUAUGAGAGAAAUCCCUGAAGAAGAAUAUGCACGCUGGUCACAAAUUUAUGAUAAAGCAGCCACAACGCUUGUGAACCGUUCGGAGGAGUUGGACAAAGCGGCAGAAAUGAUUGAACAAAACCUGUUUUUGUUAGGUGCCACAGCCAUUGAGGAUAGAUUACAAGACGGUGUUCCUGACACGAUCCAUACGCUGCAGGAAGCUGGUAUUCGAGUUUGGGUUCUGACAGGAGACAGACAGGAAACAGCAAUCAAUAUCGGUUAUUCCUGUAAAUUGCUCAAUGAAGAGAUGAGUUUAAUUGUGUGUAAUCAAGACAAUCAUUGGGAAACAAAGAGCUUUUUGGAAGCAAAACUCAAAGAUAUCAGUGGAGCUAUUGAAAGAGGAGAAGAAUUAGAGCCUCUAGCCUUUGUAAUUGAUGGAAAAGCACUUACCUUUGCACUAGAAAAAGACAUUGAAAAGAUAUUGUUCGAUUUGGCCGUGCUCUGUAAAGCAGUUAUCUGCUGUCGUGUUUCGCCUCUUCAAAAGGCUUUGGUUGUCAAGCUUGUUAAAAAAUAUGACAAGUCUAUUUUACUAGCUAUUGGUGACGGAGCCAAUGAUGUGUCCAUGAUUCAAGCAGCUCAUGUUGGUGUGGGUAUUAGUGGUGUUGAAGGUUUACAGGCCGCUCGUAGUGCAGAUUUUGCCAUCUCUCAAUUCAGAUACUUGAAAAAGCUCCUACUUGUCCAUGGUGCGUGGGCCUAUCAGAGACUGAGUAAGAUGAUCUUUUACUACUUUUACAAAAACGUCGCUUUAUACCUAACGCAAUUUUGGUAUGCAUUCUAUAAUGGAUUUUCUGGAUCGACUCUAUAUGAAUCCUGGACAAUGUCUUGUUUCAAUGUCAUCUUUACGUUCUUACCUCCUUUAUGUAUCGGUAUCUUUGAUCAAUAUGUGUCAGCCAGAAUGCUCGACAAGUACCCACAGAUGUACAUGCUUGGACAAAGCAACGAAUUCUUUAAUCAAAAGAAGUUUUGGGGCUGGUUUUUCAAUGCCGUGUUUCACUCGCUUGUUCUCUUCUUCAUUGGCGUGGGUGCUCUGAGCACGGAUGGUGUUUUCCAAAGCGCCUGGGUUGGAGGUCAGUGGUGGGUUGGAACUGCUGUCUUCACGGCUGUUUUGGGUUGUAUCUUGUGGAAGGGAGCUCUUAUUACAGAUAUUUGGACAAAAUAUACAGUGAUUGCUAUUCCGGGAUCUAUGUUGAUUUGGUUUAUUUAUCUUCCUGUGGUCUCAUAUAUUGGCUCUGCUAUCUCUGUGGAUAUCUUUCCCGAGUAUUAUGGUAUUGUACCUAUGCUCUGGGGUAACGUUAACUUUUGGCUCUUUGUUCUCCUGGUACCUUUUGUUUGCAACUUGCGUGACUUUAUCUGGAAAUAUGCCAAAAGGAUGUAUCGUCCAUUACCAUACCACUUUGUCCAAGAGAUCCAGAAAUACAACCUACCAGAUUAUAGACCUCGCAUGGAUCGAUUUAGACAAGCUGUUAACAAGGUUCGAAGAAUCCAACGUUUGAAAAGAAAUAGAGGAUACGCCUUUUCACAGAAUGACAGCGACCAGAAUAGGAUCAUUCGUGUCUAUGAUACCACACAACAGAAACCACUUGGUUAA